CUGCCUUCAGGGUGGCAGUCAGUGCCCGUGUCCGCGUUUCCAGGGUCAAGUCUCCCUCUGCCUCUGCGUGUGUGCGCUUUCCUUUGGGUGGUGGUUUCCCCUUCGCUUUGCCUCUUGCUUGCAGCCGUAGCAGAACGAGAAGGCGGUGUGAUUGGCUGCUGACUCCACAUAUCAGCCCCGGGAGCCGGGACUCCCACUGGCUCACACACGCACAUUCGCGUACACACCCCACAAAAACUCACCCGGGCUGCGCCUGCACCAGUCAAAGCAGGGGACAAGCAUCCAGCUGCAGGGAGAGCAACACCUUCACCUCUUGCCAAAAAACAACCUGCGCAGCAAGGGGAAUAAGCCCCUUCACUGCCAGCACCGGGAAGGACGGGUGGUUUAUACCGUGGCGCUUUCCUCCACCCACUUUUUUUUCUUUUGCUUGUUUUAUUUUUUUUCCUCUCUCCUAAAAGAGGAAACCCCGUCUGCGAUUUUUAACGCGUCCCCAUCUGCGCUCGUGGCCGCCGGGGUUUGCAUCUUGCCGAAGCAAACUUCGCUGGGGGUCUCGGUCUCGCUUGUCUGCCUGCCGGCCGGGGCAAACGGGACGAAAGGGACUGCGGAGCCCGUGCAGCCGGGUCGGAGAAGUAGGAUGGCGGCAUUGACCCGCUGGGUGCUGUGCCUGUGCCUGGGCUGGGGCUGCCUGUGUCUGCCGCCGGGAGACGUGCUGAAGGCUCGCUGGGUCGAGCUGCAGCGUCGCCCUGCCACGGGAGGAGUACGGGGCGGCCGGGCGAGAGCCGCGGCAGGUGACUACGGCCUGGGGCAGCAGCAGGACCGGCUGCAGCCGCGGGACAAGGUCUCGGAGCACAUGCUGCGGCUCUACGACCAGUACAGCGGCAGCCGCGGGGGGCGGGCGGCGGCACCGCGGCCCCAGGACCCGUCGGGGCUGCCCAGACUGCACCCGCGCCAGGGCAACACGGUGCGUGGAUUCCGCCCGCUGGGAGCAGGGAGCCCUGAAAGCCAGGAGAUGUAUGUUUUUAACUUGACGUCACUUACCAAGUCUGAAAAUAUCUUGUCAGCUUCGGUGUAUUAUUAUAUUGGUGGUCUGCUCAAUGCUCAGUGGAACUGUUCCCAACCCAGACGCUGUUCCCAUCACAGGCCCAGGAAACCUGAAAUUCAGAUACAUCUUUCAGUUUGGACCUUUCCUUCUUUUGGGAACCAGACUCGGAGCCUGGGACAUUUUCUAAUAAAUGUCUCCGCUGCUUACCAGGAUGGCCUUUCCUGGCAGUGGAAGGAUAUCACUCAGCUGCUAUAUGAAGCAAAGGAAAGCAAUGAGCUCCUGAUCAGCAUCAAAAUGGAUCUGACCAGCCAUCACCCUUGGAAAAGGGCAGCUUCUCACUAUGAACCCUACAUUCUGAUUUAUGCCAAUGACUCUGCUAUUUCAGAACCAGAGAGUGUUGUCUCUAGUUUGCAAGGCCACCGUAAUCCUCUGGCAAUGGUCAUUCCCAAGCCACAAAACCAUGUGAGGAGCAGCUUUGGGAAGCGACGGCGAAAACGCUCCACAAAUGUCCUGUUGCCAUUGCAGAAUAAUGAGCUACCAGGAGCCGAGUACCAGUACAAUGAGGAGGAUAGAUGGGAAGACAGAAAACCCUACAAAACCUUUCAGCCACAGUUAGCAGAGACGGCAAAGAGUAAGAAAAAGCAGAGGAAGAAUCAUCACCGGAAGAGCCAAACUCUCCAGUUCGAUGAGCAAACACUGAAGGCAGCAAGGAGGAAGCAGUGGAAUGAACCAAGGUAUUGCGCCCGACGCUAUCUCAAGGUGGAUUUUGCAGACAUUGGCUGGAGCGAAUGGAUUAUUUCCCCAAAAUCCUUUGAUGCCUAUUACUGCUCAGGGGAAUGCCAAUUCCCUAUUCCAAAGGCCUUGAAGCCAUCCAACCAUGCCACCAUCCAGAGCAUAGUGAGAGCCGUUGGGGUCAUCCCGGGUAUUCCCGAGCCUUGCUGCGUUCCUGACAAAAUGUCUUCUCUUAGUAUCUUAUUUUUUGAUGAAAAUAAAAAUGUGGUUCUUAAGGUGUACCCAAACAUGACAGUGGAAUCCUGUGCAUGCAGAUAACAUCUCAGGAGACCCUUUAGAAAUGCUGAAGUGAUCACUUGCUGUUUUGUGGGGUUUUUUUUCAUGUCUACCUUUUGUUUGCACUGCCAAUGCAUUUCCUUUGGACAAAAAAAAAAAAAAAAAAAAAAAAUCAAACAAAGAGGAUCGAAAUGGAAUGGAUUCUAAAUAGCAAUUCCAAGGAAAAAGAAUAUGAACUUAAUUCAUCUCUGAAUUUAACCAAGAUGUAAGUUUUGACAAUGGGGACUGUUUCUGUUGAAAUUGAGAGUUGGAAGAGGAAUUUACAGAAGACUCUUUAAGAUUUUUGAGACUGACAGAAGGACAUACUGUUCUAUUUUUGUACAAGAUUUUGGAAACAGCAGUAGCUGUUAAUUCUUGUCUCUGUUCUUAUGGUGACUUAAUGGAGAGGGAGGUUAGAAAUGUACUAUUAUUCAUGUUAAAGCUAAGCUUUCUGCCUUAGGUUAUUGAGUACUGCAGUAAGUAAGGAAAACAAAUCUGACAUUCUGAAAGUGUUAGAUAAUCCAACUUAGAUAUAGACCUAUUUCCUUGGUAUGACAUGUCACUGAUUGCAUGUGUGUAUUCAUUUUCAUUAACAUAUUCUUCAUAAUUCAUCUUAUUAGAUGUUAGUGCCAUUGGUCUGAAGAACACAAAAUGCAUUACUACUGCAUGCAAAAUUGUGGUAUCUCAAAAGGAAAGACUUUUCAUGCCACUGUGGAAACUCAGCAGGCUAAGUGUAUGCAGGUAUCACUCUUAGUGAAGUGGCAAAGCGACCUGUUCGUAACAGAUAUUCUAGAACAUAGUUGCAGAUAAUCAGAGUAAGUUAUGGUAGUUGAUUCCUGACGUGAAAUUAUUUGGUGCAUAAUUCUUAUCUGUCGGCCUUCACUGUAAUUAUUUGAUCAAAACUGGCUCUAUUUGGUGAGUUUUGAUUGUUACAUUAAUCAGAUAGUAGCUUUUUUUUACCUCUAUCAAUUUACUUCUACUCUGAAAAUCAAAUUUGUUGUACCUAUGUUGCCAAUUUAAGAUUUCUUACCAGCAGGUUUUGCACAAUAAAAACGUAAAACAUUUUUCAAUUAGUUUAUCCACCAGAAAAAUUCAUUUGAGAAACAGCAAGCAGGGGAAAAAAAAAAUCUAUGAAUCUCAGACACAGCUGCAAAAUUUAAUUCUGUUAUGGAGUAGAUGUUCACAGCAGUACUUUAGACAGAAACCUGGUUUCAUUUCCAGCAACACGAUCUACAGAGGAUGAUGUUUUUUAAAGCACUUUUGGUAUGUAAGAGCAAUGUUUAAGUUUGUACUAAGAGUAAACAUUGAACAACCUUUUCCAUAAGUUAUCUACGUAACUGACUCUCUGAAAUAGCGUAUUUAAAGGGCAAAUACUCAUAAAGAAUAGGUUAAUUCCCCAUUGUCGUGAGGGUUGAAUUCUCUACUUUGGAAUCAGCAGUCCACAGUCUACUGAGGGUGACAACAAUGUUCUUCUAUAAAUGCCUUGUUGCAGCUUCAUAGCUGUUUGAGGCUAAUUUAAACACUUGUAAUUGCUUUUUGUAUUUGAUCAGUGGUGCUGUUGUGUUUACCAGUCUGAGUUAUGUGCAUGUGCAAUGCUCUAAGACGUGUGGAGGUAUAACAGGUAUCCAAGGGAUCCUUUCAGCAAUCACUUUUAAGCUACACUAAGUCUCAGUGGAAGCUGACAGAAGUUUAACUUAGAAAAAAGAACACAGAUUAGUCUCAAAUGCGAGUUACGCUUGCGGCUCUUCCCUUGCCCUGCUUGAGCAGCAUACCCUUGCAGUCAUAUUCCCAAAGAGUACAACUUAAUACUUUUUUAUUGGCUCCAAUUAAACAACACUAAUUAGCACAGCUAUCUGACCUGAUGGCUGUAUGUUAGGAUUCUAAGAGCUCUGUAGCAGCGUAUUGCAUAUUGGAGCAGAACCACCAUCAAAACCAAGUAUUAAGUGUGAAGCUGUGUACAUUUAGAUCAAGGAUCAAUUGAUCCACUUCCAUAUGCAGGAGGUCAGACACUGUAUGGAAAUCAGAUGGACUUAAAAACUGGAGGAAAAAGCUGUGCCUUUCUCUUGGCUUUAAGGAUGGUCAGAAGUAGUGAUGUGCACAAGCUGCUAGUACCUUUUAAUUCAUUGGUCCACUGCUGGGACAUUAGGACACGUGAGGGAUGCUGCUGGGCUAAGCUGGAGGCAGGCUCAGGUUUUCAGUAGACAUUAGGCUCUACAAGCAAAAACAGAUGCAGUAGUUUCAGAUAGUUGUCUUUUGUAAGAGGCGCACAGAUAAAUCCAUUGUUUACACAAUUCGGCCUGGCAGUGGCUACUGUUAAAAACCACACAAGCUCAAACAAUAAACCUAACUAAAUCUAAUCUUCAAUUUGUAGAGGGCUUGUUGCAAAAUAGAUUCCGUAGAGCUUGGCAAGACAACCUGGGCUUUGUGCCAAUAUGUCCCAUUUCUUUAUUCAGGCUGAGCUAGUUGGUUAUGACUAGUAACACUCCAUCGCCAAAGUAAUUUCCUUUACAGCAUCUUGCAUGCUCUUGGAGUGCGUACCUCUUAUCCUCAGUAGAGAGAUGGGAGCUGCUCAGUAGCCCUCAAGGGUGAGAUUUCUCCCCACAUCACCCUGUGUUAGGAUUACAGCAUAUUCCUUUUUUAGAAUAGCACCAGGCUGCACCUUCCUGAAUACAGUGCAGAGUGGAAAAUACCUCACAGCAUUCUAACUCCCCAUGGGAGGACUGAGGGCUCAUCACACUGCAAACAAGACUGCUGCCUUUGAGAAGGGCAGUCAGUCCCCCAGGAAAAUGCUGGGGGAACUGGGAGCCCACAAGGUAAGGAGAUGCUGAGCCCCAGCAUCCUGCUUGCUGGAGACGAACUGGAGUGGCUGGCUCUUGGGCAGAAGGCCAAGACUGAGCCUAGCUCAGCUCAGUCUGUGAACAGGGUCUGCCACAAGUAGUGCCAGGAACAGGGCUCCUCAGAGGAAAAUGCAGAGGUCAGAUGAGCCCUGGCCCACCCCUUGAAUGGUAGCAGAGUUAAUAAGAAUAGGGUGUUGGCAACCAAGCUUCCCAACUUGUGCACUCCAAAACAGAGGCGCUCACUAAAUAUAGGUGUUUCCCCAGCACAGCAGUCUGGGGCAACCACGCUGAGUCACUCUUUGGGACUGAAGCCGAGUUCAAAGCUAUAGGUAAUGCUUUCCAGCGCUGUUAUGAGACACCCUGGAAAUGAUCUUAAAAGCAUCACUCAAAAACAAGCAUGAAUAUGUUAUGCUUGGUUUUCACUGAGAUACAGCCAGACUUCGUUGUUGACUGUAUCAUGCAGAAUAGGUACAAUCUUCCAAGUAAAAUGUGAUCUGCCUCUUCCAACUCUACACUGAGUGUUAUCUUCAGUUAACCAAUCGGUUAUACAAGUGAGACAACUUGUUUUGCAUUUGUAUUUUUAAAGGAAACUUUCUAAAUAAAGCCAUGUCUGGCAUCAAUAAUUUAUUAAUCAUAUAGAUAAUGACUUCUGUAUAUAACUUUGUAUUAGUAGGGUCUUCAAAAUAAUUUCCAACUAGUGUUAUUAAUCACCAUUUUAAUCUCAAAUCAGCAUGGGGGGCUUUUCGCACCUGUUCUGUUUUUUGAUAUACUAUUAAUCAAUAAAUGGCUCUGCUUCCCAUCUAAUUCUAUAGUAUCUAAUGCCUGUGCAUUAUUUUUAUGGCUGGCUCAAAAGAUAGGCAGGAGAAUGUCUCAAGCUACUCAAGCUUUCUUAUCAGAUAGGCUCUUCUGGGACCGAAGUCCCCAAUGAAGAGCAGACUGUGAGGAGGACACUGCAGAAAGCUCUGGAAAAAUCCCACUCUUUGAGGCUGAAUAGGGAACCUCAUGGUAAAUGUUCAAAAUACAGAGUGCAAACUAAAGCUUAUUUAUCCUGCAGUGCGACACCUUGACCCAGGAGAACUGCCGGCCAGAAGCCAUGACACCUCCCCUGAAAAGGGUUACAAGGCAGGCUCUGUUUUUCCCUUUGUCUGAGGGCCCCCAAACUUGCAAGGAGCAGAGCACCUUUCAUGAGGUGCCAAGCAGCCCUGGGGUUGCAAAUCAUGAUGCUUCACUGCAGGGCUGGCCCAAAACCUUUGAAUGUUCAUCUCUGAGGAGAUGCUCAGCAGUUUGCAGGAGACUGAUAUUUUGUUUAGCAACCCAUUUCUCCUUGUAAAAACAGCCUUUGUAAAUGAUUUCUGUUGAAAGGUUAAUGUUUGUACAGACAAUGUCAAUUUUUUAGAAAAAAUUAAAUUACCCAAAAAAAAAGAAAAGGUAUUUUGUAUAUGGAAAUAAACUUUUACAGAUGCUUUUAAUUUAUUUUAUAUCUGUGCCCAAUGUGUCCUUUUAAUGUUUUAUUCUUUAUACACUACCGUUUUCUCUGUCAUUGCAAAGAUGAAACGUUAGGACCAUAGUCAAGUUCACAAGGACAGGUCACAGCCACACCAUGAAGGGCAUGUUUCACUACUGAUGUAUUAGCUUGCCUGAUUUGUAUUUCUUUCCCUUCAAUAAUGGGAAAUUUUUACUAUGAACUCUGGAAAAAGUAUAAAAUAAAAUCAUUUGUUACAUGAAAA